GAAAUACCCGAAAAUCCGAAAUACCCGACCCGAACCCGAACGGAUACCCGAACGCCCACCCCUACAAACCUGUUUGGACUAGUGUUGGUCCAAUAAUCCAAAACUUAGAUAAUAUGAUUCUUGCAUCAGAACUAUUCUUGAUAUUAACAUAUAUUUUAAUAUUGGUUUGCUUCAAACUCUAACAAAGAAAAAUAUGGAAGUUAUGAAUGCACUUCAUUGUUUGAUCAUCCGAUAGUGAGAUUCUAAAUUCCAUACAAUGUAUCUUCUUCUUUAAGUUCAACAUGUAUUUUCAAAAUACAAAGUAUGAAACAUUUGUCAGUGUUUAGCACAAGAGUUUGUUCUCUUAUAUACAUAGUUUUAAUUUAAUUUUAAUUUAUAUAUUUUGUUAUUUAAAUUUGGUUUGUUUAUAUUAUGGUUUUGAACGGUAUAAACUGGCUUUAUAUUCGAAGACGGAAAAUUUAAACUAAUUUUUUUUCUGAAAACUUGUUGCAUGUUUUAAAAUGGUGAAAAUAGUAUUUACAAUGUUUUUAACAACUUAUUUUGAGAAGCAAAAAAAAAAACACGAAAACGCUAUAGCAAGACUGGACCGGAAUGUAAAAUAUAGAUCUAAAAUAUUUUCGGACCGAGCUAGACUGAAUUCAAAUAUUUACAGUUUUUGGGCCGAGUCCGGUAGCUCUAUUGACAUCCCUAUUUAUAGGUUUACGACAAAACUCUACGGGCUGUCUUAUACAAACAUUCUAGACAAUAACUUGCGGAAGAAGAUAACCAUAAUCCCAUGUACCUAGUUCCCGACCUACUGGAAGAGAUCUUCCUUGGACUGCCAUUGAGAUCCGUAGUCAAGUUCAGAACGGUCUCAAAACAAUGGAGAUCAAUACUCGAGUCCCUGAGGUUCGCGGAGAGGAGGCGUAUGAUGAAUGCUCAAACGAAGACGAAAAUCAUGGCGGCAGGAGACCGAAGCCGAACACAAACGUGCUUCAAAGAGGACGAAGAGGUCGAGAUAGUCUAUCUGCAGUGUGAUGUCGCCUCACGACCGUCGCUGUCAUGUGACGGUCUAGUUUGCAUCCCCGUACCAGGCUGGGUCAACGUGUUCAACCCUUCCACCGAAGAGCUUCUUAGAUUCUCUUCCGGCCGAGAUCCACCGAUUCCCCGUUAUGCUAAUAAUUACGUAGAUUGUGUAUUUGAUGUCUUCCCUGGAUAUUGGAGGAUGGGAUUCGGGCGAGACAAUGUGAGUGGGAGCUAUAAAAUAGUGAGGAUGGGCUUUAACCAUCAUUGGGAGAUUCACCGUUGCGAGAUUCUUGACGUUAACAUUGGGAGAUGGCAGAAACUGAGUCCGCCUCCUUACGAGAUAGGAUAUAGAAGGAAGUCGACAUGUGUAAAUGGGUCCAUCUAUUGGGUAGAAGUAUUGCCUGAUCAAAAACUUUUAGCUUUGGAUCUUCAUGCGCAAGAGUGGCGUGACGUUGGACUACCGUUAGGAGCACUCGGAAAAUCAUUCCAGGUAGCAAACCUUGAAAACCGUCUAGCCUUAGCUGCAACCUAUAUUGAGAACGAUCAUUGGAACGUGAAGAUAUGGAGCGUGGAAGCACCAGAAGAAACAUGGAGCAUGAUUUACUCCAUACGUUUAUUCCCUCUCGACCACCCUUACGACGACCCUUCUUCCCCUUUAUGGUAUUGGACUAGGCCAGUGGCGGUUUCUAAGAAAGGAAACCUUUUCGUCCAAGACAGUUACAAGAGGUUGUUCAAAUGUUACCCAGAGACGGGUGAAGUUCGUUUAAUCGCUGCAGAGAUUUGUGUGAUAUCUCCUUUUGUUGAAAAUUUGGUCCCCCUUGGACGUUUAGACAGCAAAACAUAUGGACUUAUACAUCUAGAUCACGUGCCGUUGUCCUCGCGGAUAUUCAAUUUUUUCCGACGAAUGGAACUUAAGAGAUCGAGCAUUUUGGUAACCACCACUGUUGUGACUCUUGUAAUGUUUCGCUAUUGUUCCCAUUUGUCUAGAUCUAUUAGUAUUUAUCAUGAUCAGAGUUUAUAGUUUACUAGUGUUGACCCCAUGCUAUGCAUGGGAAUCUUUUUUCUGUUACAAAAACAAAAUCAGUUUUAUAUAUCACUAAAUUACAUGUAUAAUAACUUUGAUUUAUUAGAGGGAAAUAUAUAUACAUAAACAAACUAUUAACACACAUUUAUCAGUGUUAAAAGAACAUUAUCAUUGGUUAACCACAGACAUAUAAAAUUAGUUCAGAGAUGAGGAUACAUGAUUAAUUUGGAAAUGUGAUUAACAUCUGGAAAUGUCAUUUCAUAGUCCUUUACUAAUUUUUGGAGAUGGCUUGAACUGAGUUUUUUUGGCUUGUUUCAUUAAAAGAAAACUGUUUUCUUGAAUUAUUAUUUACAGGUUUCGCUGGAAAAUUUGUUAUCUAAAAAUAUUAAUUAUCUUUUUUGUUUUUAGAUAGCUAUUAAAACAACCUAGGAAAUUUAUAAAACAACAAAACUUGUGAAUUUUCAAAAUUCAAUUGCAGAAAGCAAUUAAAAUUUUAAGUUUCGAAAUCGUAAAGACAAAAAAAUAAUCAAAAUUAUUGUUUACCUAAAUUAUGAAUGGUCAAA